AAAGACAAGUUCGCUACUGUCACGCCUAACGACUGCGGAGUGUAUCGGUAAACUUAAAACAACGUUAGAAUCGGCUACACUUUUAUUUAUGCUUUUUCGCCGUCUUUGUUGUGACCGCUGUCACGUACAGGCAAGAGUUAACCGCGACUAAUGGCGAGAUGCGAGUAUACGAAAGCGGAAGAACUUUGAGAUAGCAUAGUAAGCUAGUUAGCCUACCGUUAAGCGGUAGCAGCUAGCAGGUUAGCUCGCCUCCUGUGCUGUCAUGCCUGGAGCUCCUCGAGAUUUCACUGCGUAAACGAGAGUAUCUAGCAAUUACACAUCCAGCGGCAGCCUGUACCACCUCUAAGGCGUAGGAAGGGUUGGAUUGGACUGGACCGGACUCGAAGCAGUGACAAGGCUGUUUGUAGAGCGAGCCGGUCAGAGAUAACGAUUAGCUCAGUAAGACGUACUAUUCUUCCUGGUAAGAAGAGAGCGAGCCUGCCGUCCUGAGAUCAUACGACAUGGUCGUGGACCUGUAACCCAUCCAAAGCUUUUUAAUAAAAGAAAACACCUAACAAGGAGUGUCAGCCUUUCUCUUUGCCAAAAAACACCCACCAACGUUGCAGAAAUGCUGACUGAUAGCAGGAAGAGGCAUCGUAGCUGUGACAGUGAGGAGGACCGACAGCUGAGUCCUCAGGCCAAGAGGUCAGGAGGUGGUCCCAGCUUGCUCGUGUCAGAUUUAGACUCGGAGUCUUCCAGCAGCGACAGCAGCAAUGGGAUCAGUAGUCCGGAGACACCAAUAGUAGUCAGCGCGAGGCCAUGCAUACACCAGAGCCACAACAACCGCAUCACCCAGUAUUCCCUUAGCCCAAAGCCUCAAAACUCUGCCAGCUCCUUGCAACAUGGUUUCCAUGGUGAUGGCAGCAAUGCCUCUUAUGACUACAUAAACAGAGUUCUGAGGGAGGCGCAUUUCAGCAGCCUGCAGACCAGAGGGCGUCCAGGCUCGACAUGACCGUGACCUGUCACCCCUCUCCUGACCUUUUGUCUCUUGCCCAUCAGUGUCAUCAUCACUGGCACAGGGCACAGUGACGCCUCCUUGAAAGCCUCAAGUCACACACUCGGGUCAGGGGUAAGCGGGAAAUGUGUGGGAUGGUCUGUAGAUUUGGAGCACACAGGCUCAUCCCCACCUUGCCAUGUACCAUUUGUUGAGACCAUAAGCACAUCCGCCUUUCCAUGGCCCAGCCACUGUGGUUUUCUGUAUCAAUGUGUAUGUGUGUUAGUGUGUGCGUGCACGCACAUUGUGCACUUUAUAAAGAGGUACCAUUCUCUUUACAUGCGUGCGUUGAUGUGUGGACAUUUUCAUUGGUGCUAAUCACAAGAAAAGUGUGAUGAUAAUCGUAAGUGCUUGCAAAAAUAAAGUUAAGCACUUUAUUCAAUAACUCCUCAUUCUGUUUACUCUUGACUGGGGAAGCCAGUCAUGUGUUUAUAUAUGUGAAAUGGGAGUUGUUGUGAUCCCAUUCACAAAGAAAGUAGAUGGAGGCCAACAUAUUCACUCCCAAGGAGCAUUAUUAAAACAAUCCAGUUAAA